CUCUCUCUCUCUCUCUCUCCAACCUCUCCUUACAACCCGAUGGCAUUCUCAAGACGUAAAUGAUGCUCUUCUGCGGGUCAUCCAGGGGGCCUAGGUCACGUGAGAGGUCAUCUGAGGUGGUGGUGUUGGUUGAUUCUCUCCCCACCUACACCCACACAACCACACAUCCACACAACCAGGGACAUUUAAGGAUGACAGCUGCGUGGUGGCAAGUAGUGGGCGUGGUGUGGGCGUCCGUGGGCAUGGUGUUGAUAUCCGUGGUGUCAGUCAGAGGUGUCAGGACUAAUGUGGUAGCCGAGGUGCCUCAACUUGACGUGAGUCCGCUGGUAGACGUGACGGUAGCCAGGGGCGACACGGCUCGACUACCCUGCCGCCACCCUCACUAUCCUGACGACACCCUCAACCUAGUGCUGUGGUACCUGAAUCAUACCUCCAGGCCCUUCCUCAGCUACGACGCCAGAGGCAAAGCUGACAACCUUAACACCACCGACACCACCACCACCGUUAGCAGCAACAGCAUCGCCAGCCUCAGGAACGCCAGCACGAGCGAAGAGGAGCCUAAGGAGCAUCGUUACCUGGAGGCUGGCGGUACAUCUCUGGUAAUUAGACAGGUGUUGCGAGAGGACCAGGCAGAGUACAGGUGUAGAGUACAUUUUCGUCUGUCACCUACCUGGACUCAAAGACUACUGCUGCUUGUACCUGAGAAGGUCAAGGGGCUGGUGCUGGAGGACUCGACCGGUCGACCUGUAGGGGAUCGACUUCAACCCGUGGCCGAGGGAGCUAACCUUACCCUCACCUGUCAGGCAUCUCACGGCAAGGCCGCGGUGAUCAGCCUAACAUGGUUACUAGGAGGCCAAGAGAUCGACACCUCGUGGGCGUCAGCGGGUGAGGGCGUGGCCGUCAACCAGCUGAGUAUUGUGGGCGUGGAACAGAGACACCGAGACGCCCACCUCACCUGCCGCCUCGUUACAGCAGACCAUGAGAGCCACAGUCACACCCACGACAGCGAGGUUCACGCCCACGAUAGCGACGUUCAAGCCCAUGAUAGCGAGGUUCAAGCCCAUGAUAGCGAGGUUCACGCCCACGAUAGCGAGGUUCACGCCCAUACUCUCCCCAUGCCAGCGAGUAUCACCCACCGUUCUGCUGUUAUCGCCAUGUUCUAUGUUCCGGAGGCGAGGCUGAAGGUGGAGGGAGGGCGUGAGAGUGUGGGCGGUGGACGGGAACUGACGGAGGGGGAGGGCCUCACUUUCCUCUGUGCCGUGGACGCUGACCCUCCAGUCUACAACAUCACCUGGCUACACAACGGCCGCGUCGUGGGCGUGGGAGGCCGGCGUUGGAUGAGGGACAACGCGUCAUUAGUGGUGUCACCUGUCGAGAGGGCGGACGCUGGCCUCUACACCUGUCUGGCCUCCAACCGUGAGGGAGACGGCCACUCCAACGCUGUCCUCAUCCGGGUGAAACAUGCGCCUUACUGUGUGGACCCCGCCCAGCGUCAACUGUUCGUGGCCACCAACACCUCCGUCACCCUCACCUGCCAGGUAGAGGCUGUGCCCGAGGACCUUAAAUUCACUUGGAAGAUCGGCACACCUGUCGCAGCGCGUGGCCAGGGCCAGGGGAAGAUGCCCCCGCCGCCACGACACAGCGGCGACCUCACCUCAGGGCGAUUGUCUCAUCCUGACGCUGAGGGAGCGUCCUCACAGCCGCACCACUACGUGUCGCAGCCACACAGCCAAGGGAACAGCCUUCCUCCGCCUCCACGACACAGCGCGGGUGUUUCCUCAGGCCAGCCACAGCCUGCUGAGGGCAGUGUGAGUGGUGGAGGGUCCUCACAGCUUCACCUGUCACAGCCACACACCCUCACAGCUGCCAGUGACAGCCUCCUCCCGACCUCUGAGAUCCUGCCGUCUCCCAGCCAAGUCUCAGGACCUGUCAGGGUAGCGGGGUCGCCUCAGGUGGUGGUGGCAGCUCCCUUGAGACAGAUGGCUGCACCCUCAGGCCAGAUGGUGUCCGUUUCGGGGCACAUAACAAGUGGCUCACCGGGGCAAUUGGUGGCAGCCACAGGAACAUCAGCUAGUUUGGGGCAGCUGGAAGACCCCUCGGCACAGAUGGCCUCAGUUUCAGGACAAGUGAAAACGACUUCGACCCAGGCGGCAUCAGUUUCGGGGGACACGUUGGCCUCCUCAGGACACAUGACGCCUGUUUUAGGGCAUCAGGGCUCCUUAGGACAGGCCACAGGGGCAAAAGGGUCGGGGCAGGAGUGGCAGAAGUCGUGGGAGAUCCUACAGACGGAGGAGGGCGUGGAGUCCGAGGUGGAGGGAACGAGAGACCCCGCCCACCCUGAACGCUCCACCCUCACCCUCACCCCCGCCGCCUCCACCGUCGUCGGCUGUUACGUCAGGAACAGUGUCGGACACACCAGGAUACCCUGCACCUACACCCUCACCGUGGUGGAGCCACCCAAGGCACUGAAGGACUGCAACGUGACACUGGUGGGCGUGACUCGCAUGGAGGUCAAGUGUGACGACCCCGCCCACGCUCGCGACGACCACGCCCACGCCGGAGUGGACGCCGCCCAUAUGCAGCAACACUCACCCAGCCUCAGUUUCGUCAGGUCACCUCAAGCUGGCAGUCGAUCUAACCUGGAGGUGUGGUCAGGGGAGACACUGGUAGCCAACGUCAGUGAGGGCCGCCCACAGUUCACGGUGAGGGGGUUGCCGCCCUCCACCAAGCUCCGGCUGGUCCUGUACACCGCCACGCCCCACGCCCGCUCCACGCCCUUCUACAUGUACACGCGCACCCUCCCACGCUCCGUUGUACACUUCACAGUGCCUCCACCCACACGCCCAUCGCCCCCAGCACCCCAGCCCGACGCUCACGACAUACUAGACGCCCUCGGGUGGGAAGUCGUGGGCGUGGCAGGGGGUAUAGGCGCCGUGGUACUGGUGGUGGUGGCUGUAGGGGUCAGAUCGUGGGUCGGGAGGAGGAGAGCAGCAGGAGCGGGGGCAGCUUCGUCAGGAGACAGCAGCGAGAGCCAGGAUCAACCGCUGCACAUACAACACCCUCACCACGCUGCCCUCAUCACCUCAGCUUCGGAGGAGAGUAUGUGGGGCCCAGAGUGGAGGAACUCAGCGAUGUGAGAGUACCAGCUGCACUCUCCCUCCUUCACUCUCCCUCCUUCCUCUCCCUCACCCUCCCUCUCUCUAUCACUAUAAUCAUCCACGUGAAAAAUCCCCCUCUCUCUCUCUCUCUCUCUCUCUCUUCCCCUUCCUUAUUGUCUCGUCUCCCUUCCAUCUUCCUCCCACCGUGUUUCCUUUCCACAGCCUCUAAAUAUCCUCUUUCUGUCUCCCCUCUCUCUCUCUCUCUCCUUCUUCUUCCUCUGAAUUAUUCUCAUCUCCUUUAACUAGCCUUUCAUUUCCUGUCUUCUUACCAUAUUCUCCCCUCUUCCUCUUUCUCUCUCCUCCUUCCCCCUCUCUUCAACUCUUUCAUUAGUUACUUCCCUCCAUCCUUCCUCAUUCAUCACGUAUUCCUUCCUCUCACCCUCUUUCCCUUCUCUUCUAUCUUCUUCUAUUUCCCCUUUCUCUAAAUUCCAUCACUUAUCGUCACUUGCAUCCCUCCCUUCUCUCUCAUUUCCCCUCUCUCCUAUGUGUCGCGCCUUCUCAUUCCUCUCUUCUCUGUUUCCCUCUCCCUUUAGUCUCUCUCCCUCUUUUCAGUGUCUCGCCCUCUCAUCUCCCUCUCUCACGUGUC